CUGAUGGCAUGUUUUUUAUGUUUUGGGGGAAGUUGGUUUUUUCUUGGAUUGCUUUUUUGGGGGAAAAUGUCGGUUCCUCUGGAUUUUAGGAAAAUCUGUCGUGUGUGUUGCCUCGAGGGGACUAUGAUGUCUGUAUUUAAGGUGCAUAUAUCUAAGAAAUUGAUGGCAUGCGCUUCAAUUCAGGUUUGGCAGAAUGAUGGACUUCCUGAUCAAAUAUGCACGAAAUGCGUUGCUAAACUGCACAUAGCUUUUCAGUUUAAGAAACUCUGUGAGAAAUCUGAUGCCCGGUUGAGGCAUUAUCAAGCAAAUGCGGCAGAAAGUCAAGAGAAUGUCAACAAUCCUGCUAGUGAUUUUGUUUAUGUGGAUUGUCAGGAAAUUGAGGCAUCUUCAGCGCAGUAUGAGAAUCUCCAGCAGACACUGUCGUACAGUACAAGUGCAAUCCUUCCAGCUUACCCUGCCCAGAGUCUCCAUUUCCAGACAUAUGCAGUGCCAACGGUGCAAAUUCCUCCUUUGGUUCAUCCUGUGGUUACUUUAAGUUCUUCAGCAGAGACCAUAGACUCCACCAAGGCUAAGAAACCUCAGGAGGGAAAACAAGAGAGUCAAAUGACACUUGCAAAGGGCAAAGGCAAAAUUGACCCAGAAGGCUGUCGUCAGUGUCAUGUUUGUGGCAAGGAGCUAGUGUCUGCAUCCAAACUCGCCCGGCAUUUAAAAAUCCAUUCAGGUGAACAGCCAUACAAGUGCAAGGUUUGCCUGAAACGCUUCUCGCACAGUGGCAACUACAAAGUUCAUCUCAGGAUGCACACGGACGAACGACCGUACCAAUGCACUCACUGCAAUCGAGCCUGUCGACAGCUCCAGGAUCUGGAAAAGCACAUCCGGACACAUACAGGAGAAAAGCCACAUCAGUGUACGACAUGUUCCAAAAAAUUCUCCACUUCCAGUAAUCUUGUGGCUCACAUGAGAACCCAUUCGGGCGAGAAGCCCUAUGUUUGUUCAAUUUGCGGAAAGGCCUUUUGUCAGUCCAAUGAACUCACCAAGCAUACUCGAAUCCACACGGGCGAGAAACCUCAUCAGUGCUCCAUUUGCCAUAGGCGCUUCAAUGGCUCCUCCACUCUCACAAUCCACAUGAGAAGUCACACAGGAUUGAAGCCCUACGUCUGCAGCAUUUGCUCGAAAUCUUACUCACAAUCACGCUGUCUUCAGAAGCACCUGAAGCUCCACGAGGUUUCAAGGCCACCUCCCGAGGCUCAGCCUGAAUCUCAAGAGGCUAAAGGAGACACAUUCUAAGCUUCUGAAGCACAAAAUCCGCCGCACGUAAGUUUCCUCUCAAAAUUCCUUAAAAAUGCAAUUUUAAAAUUAAAAAAAAAAUUGUUUUAUUUAAUGAUUUAUUUAACACAAAAUAGCAAAGAGCAAUAUUAAAAAUUUGAGAAAAUUAUCAA